AAAUUGAAAAUCUCGUUGGUAUGUUGUGUGCGCACGGUUGGAAUUUUUCGGAUUUCCACUUAUUGGCGCCCCCACCCGCCCCGCUUAACACCAACGCCAGCGCAGUGCGGUUACAACCAACGACGAACUAACCAAACGGUCGGCCAGGCAGUCAACCAGCAACAACGGGCCACCCACCCACGGCGGGAGUUGGGUGUAUUUAGGAGAAGAUUGUUCAGUGUCCCGUAUUUCGUGUAGUGAGUGUAGCUGCAACAGCUUGCAGUAUUAGGACGACAUUAAAAACGCUAUUAACUUUUAGUUGAAUUAAAAGUAACGAGAAAAAUUGCAAAAAAAAAAAACGUGAAUUACAGAAGUGCUUUGCAUGCGUAUGGAAAUGAAGUGAAAAAUAAGCAAAUUGCGAGUGCGAGUGCUAACAAAUAAAGCGGACAGGAGUGCGCGUUGACUGGACAGUAGUGGUGCCGCAGUGUUGCAGUAGUAAGACAAAGCGUGUGGGGCAGAUUACUCGUAAAACAAAGGACUAAGCACAGCUAGUGCGAGUAAAUUACAGAAAAUAAAUAAAUACAUACAUACAUACAUAAAUCGUAGGCAAAUUAGUAAAGUGAGUGAAAGCACUGGCGUACCUAUAAGUGAAAAAAAAACAAAGCCGCUUUAAAAAAGCCUGAAGCCAUUUGGGGACGUUAAAAUUUGGAAAAAUGUGUCGAUAAUCAUAAGAAAGUAAAAAAAAAACUAAAAAAAUUUAAAUUGUCUCUGUUGCAAAAAAAUAAAACUAAAACGGCGUGCAUCACAAAAGUGUCAACGAGUAAAUUCACUCAGUUAAUUCUACAUUUAAACUAAGAUGCAAUUAAAUUAUUCGAUUGCUGUAAGAAUCACCGGCUCUUCUGCCGCAACUCAUCGAAUGUGUCACUAAAUUCCCGUAAUUUGAAUUUGUUUACACACAAACCAACAAAUGUCAGUUGGAUAGAGAAGAACAAGCAUUAAUCAGCUGUUUGCAAGCGCAAAAGGGAAUGGGACCUAAGAAGCGUCUCAUCACUGCAGCUGCCGCCGCCGCCGCUGGUGUCACUUCCACUGAGCGUCAGCCACGUUCGUCUAACAACACAGCUGCAGCGAUAAAGAAACAACGUCCCACUGCGGGCAAAGCACACAGUUCCCCAGCGGGUCGCAAACCGGCUGCUGCUAGUAAUGUGACAGCUGUGAAACAUAGUACUGCUGGUCGCACGCCUUCACCAGGUAAGAGGCAGCAAACAGCGGUUAACAAGGAACGUGAGAAGGAAAAGGAUAAAGUGAAAGGGAAGGAAGAAAAGUUGGAGCAAGUGGAAGGUAAAGAGUUGGAAAAGGUAGUCGCAAAACAAACCGUUGUAGCGGAAGACGCUGAGAUCCCGAAAAACAACGACGAGUGUUCGGAAAAGCUUAGUUUAGUAUCAAAGCCCAAAGAUCAAAGUAAACAUUUCACGGAUUCGAUCAACGAGUCGACUCCCGCGCCCGCGACUAACCGCAAACCAACAAAACGCACACCCUCACGGGAGAAUGUGAAAAAAUCGAACACUUCCGAGACGAAAGAAAAGUCUUCCGGCAGCUCCAACAAGAAAAUUGAAUUGGAGAAGCACAAGGCGGAUUCAGAACCGCCUACGAGCACUUCCGCCUCAUCUUCCGUCGGUGGCAGUAAGCAGAAAGCCGAGGAACGCAAAGAUGGCAAGACCAAAGCUAUAAGUAAGAUGCUUAAAAGUCUCGAUAUACAAAUAACCGGUUUCGAUAAUAUACUGCCAAGCGAAGAACGCAUUCAAGAUACGCUCAAGUCCUCUAUUUCGGAGAAUGUGAAAACAAAGUCACGCGCAGCUGCGGUCAAGGUGAUAGCGAGUUUGAAUCCGCCAAAGUCGAAUAUAGCGCGUAUUAAAGCGCGACAGGAAGACGAGAGAAGGGAGAAAGAAAAGGAAAAGGAGAAGAGUAACGAAAGAGAAAAGGAGAAAGAAAAAGAGAAAAGUAACGAAAGGGAAAAGGAGAAAGAAAAAGAAAAAGAGAAGAGUGAGGAAAAGGAAAAGGAGAAAGUAAAGGAUAAAGAGAUAGAAAAAGAUAAAGAAAAGGAGCCAGAAAAGGAUAAUCCUCCGUACAAGGAAACAGAUAAAGAGCUUGAAACUUCAUCGCAUUCUAAAGAGGAGACAAGCGCACCAACAAAAGAAUCUCGAGACUCACAAGAAGAAAUCCAAAAAUCAAAAGAAUCUCCGACGAACUCUUGCAGUGAAUUUGAGUCUUCGAAACGUAACGAAUCUCAAGAGCCUCCCAGUGAUACGACUACAAAUCCUUUAGCCAAAAUGGCGCCCAAGAAGAAGGUAACGGCCAAGCGUGCCAAUAAAGCCGAAGCCAAUCAGAAGAAUAAAAAAGCGGCAGGACAAAAAUCGAAGGAUGAUAGUUCUAAAAUGCAAACGGCGGCUACAAAGCCCACAAAUGCCGUCGAAGUAGGCACACCAUUAAAGAAACGGCUACUCAAAUCAAAACUUAUAAAGAAAGAUGACGAAGAGAAGAAUAAAGAAGAAGCAAUCACGCCAACUGGAUAUAAGUCAGACACACAGUGCAAAGCAGUGGAACCACCCGAGCCACCGGACAAGGGUGUCCAAGAAGAGAAGGCUGCAAAGACGCCUAAAAAGACGCCAUCGCCGAAGAAAGUCAAGAUGAACCCAAAGAACACGGACAAGUGCAAUAUCCAGGAACCUGAGGCGGCUGAUGAACAGCCAGAAUUUUUGGAAAAGGAAGAGACAUUAAGAAUAGUAUUAGAUGCCAAUACAGAGGUAGUGCAAAUGGAUCUUGAAGAAAUGCCGGUAUGUGCAAAAGCUCCAAAAGAAGUGGAGCUCAAAAAGGAGAAGACGAAUGAGGUGCAGCCAAAGGUGGAGGCUGAUGCGAAACCGCAGUCGUUAAAGCAAGAAGAAGCGACAGAGAAUGCCACGACCUCGGCCACAGCCUCACAACUGGUUGAGAAGAGGCAAACUUCGAAUAUUAAGCAGCGAUUACAAAGCAAAUACAAGGUGGCACCAAUCAAGGCCAGCGCAGCUAAAAUAGUUGGCAAAAAAUCCAAAUUUGCACAAAAGCUGGUGAGCGACAAGGUUGCCAAAACAGCAUCAAAAGACAUAUAUGACUUUAGAUCAGGUUCUGAGGAAGAAGAUAACAUUAAAAUGGUGUUGCCCACGUUGAAAAACCUACGCGAGUUUGCUGAUGAAGAAAAUAAAGCGAAGUCGGCCAAGGAAGCUUUAAAGAGCAAGCAAACGUGUGUCGUCGCAGAUGAAAAGGAAGAAAAGAGCUCGGAAAUGCUUGAAGAAAAAGAUAUACCAAUCAAAAAGCCAAUGGAAGGGCCUAAAAAGAACUUGGAAUGCGCGGACGUUGAAGAAAAGGAUGAGGACGUUGAAAAUAAAGAUGUUGUAGAAGGCGAAACUAAGAAGGAUACAGAGCUGAACCCAAAGUCUGCCGCUAAAGCAAAGAAGAUCCCCAAGCCGAAAGUGACGCGAAAAGUUUACAAGAAGAAACCAUUAAUUACGAAGAAAGUGCUUAAAGUAGUCAAAGGGAAAUUAUUGCAGAAGGCAACUAAACCGAAAGCCAAAACCACCAAAAAGGUGCAAAGGGAAUCUUCAAGUGCCAGCAGUGAUUCCGAAGAUGAGAAAAAGUUGAUUGAUUUUGGCCCCAAACGACACCGCAUGGCAUCAUUGAACGCGCUAGCCAAAGUGCAGUGUCUCUACGAGAACGAAUCGCGCACGGCCUACGAGUUGGGCCUGUCCAAGGCGACUCAGUUGCCGCCGAAAAUUCGUACUGUUGAUGGCAGUGACGAGGAGAAGGACAAGGAAAAGGAAAUCGAUGAAAAAGUUAAAGUGACGAAAGAGAAGAAAACAGAAGACGCUGCAAAGGUGGAGGAGUUGCAAAAAGCAGAGUCCGAAGACGAACCACCGGAGGUGGAAACGAAGCGCGAACUGCGCUAUGUGCCAGGCGGACGUGGGCUGGGUAAGCAUUGGGAGUUCGAAGAGAGCGGCGACAGUGAGGACGAGGAAAUCGACAAGAUGAAGCUUAAGCGUAAGAAGCUACAGAAAAAGUUGGCAAACAAGAAAGAAAAAGAAGCAGAAAAGCUGAGAGAGAAGGAAAAGGAAAGAGAAAAGAAAGACGACGAGGCAUCGGGUAGCAAGACUGGCAAGGCAAAAGAAGCCAAAGACGGCGCGAAAGAAAAAGUCCCUAUCAAAGUAAAACGCAAGUACACGAAGAUUAAGAAGCCACUCAAAAAGUUAGUUAAAUUAAAAACUGAAAGCUCUGAUGGUGGCGAAAACUCAGAGGCAAGCGAUAAAGAAGACAAAACUCAAGAGAAGGAAAAGUCGAAAGCGCACAAAGCCAAGUUGGAGGCACGCAAGCCGCCAAAGAAGCGCAAGCGUAUGCUGCGUGAGGAACUAAUCGGCGAUUAUAAGGGCAUUUUGGCACGCAAACGCAUGGCUAGCCUGAAUGCCAGCGCUAUAGUAGCUGCCACAUAUGAGGUUGAGCGUCACCUGGACAAGAAUUUGGCUUACGGCAGCUACGAGAGCUCCGAUGGCGAAGAGAAAACAUCCACACCAGCCAAGAAAUCCAAGGAUGUGGCAAAAGAGACCAAGAAAGCAGCUGCAGCCAUGGCAGUAACCGAAGAGCCAUCAGUUACAAAAGAGACCGUUGAAGCCACAACAAAUACCACAGCUACAGCCAAUAGUUCGAAUGCGUCUACUGCAAGCGGUACAGCUAGGGAGUCGCGACCGCUGAAUAUAAACGAGGAGAGCAACGACUCAAAGUACUCGAAGGAAACCAAAGAGACCAACACAGACACAACAACUACGGCUGGUUUUCGUGACUCGGGUAGCACAAAGGACGCAAAGGACUCCAGUCGGCCUACCUCGUCGAGUGUGGUCAUUGUUCAGGACACAGACGUCACCAUAACGGGUGUAUACGUCAACUCUACAACUGGCUCAAGUCAGGAGGCCUACUGCAAGAUGCAAUAUCGCGUACAAUCGAGCGUCACCGAGGAACGAGUGCUGCGUCCCAGUUCAGUGGACCCACCAAAGUCCUAUACGCCAUUGAGCGCGCUCUCGAGCAUGCUGCCGCCGGGCGCAACAUCAGGCGCAAGUGGAGGAAUGGGCGAAGCGCAAGGCUCACCCCCACCACUGCCACCGCCCACUGCAGUCAGCACCGCCCUGCCGGACGCGCUCAGCGCUGCUAGCAUCUACCACGCCAACGACUUGGGUCUGCAUCCGGAACAUGGCGCACCGGAACAUGGUCCGCCGCCACCCUCAUACGCUGCCGCGGCCGCAGCCGCUGCUGCCGCCUACCAUGCACAUCACAUGUCGCCAGCCGCCGCCGCGGUCGCUGCCGCCGGCAUGCACGUACACCAUCAACAUCAGUAUGCGCACGCACACGCGCAUCAAUAUCCCCCAAUGGGCAGUGAACACGGCAUACAUGGCGGACUGCCGUCACCACACACAGCCGCAGGCCCACCGCCGCCGCCGCCGCAUCACUAUCAAGCACCGCCACACUAUGGGCCGCCGCCACCACCGCCGCCCACAUCGAGCGUGGUGGGUGCGGGACGUUGUGAAGUUGUAUCACCGCCGCCAACCUAUCGUUCCAGCGUCUAUGCGCCGCCAACUGGGCCGCCACAAUCACAGGCGCCUAGUGGCCUGCUGCCACCGCCACAUUCCUCGCUCUCAAUGACAGCGGGUGGUGGCUCGAGCGCUUUCUGUGCGCCCAAUCUACAUCAUCAGCAAGCACAGCAUCAACAUCACCAACAACAACAACAACAUCAUCAGCAGCAACAAGCAGGUCAACAACAGGACGCAAGUGAUAAUUAA